ACAAUCAAAUGACAAGUGGACACGUAUCCUAUCCAACCUCGUAAGUAGUAACAUCAUUUGUUUAUUGAUACCAUUGCGUUAGUGACGAGAGUAAAGUAAAUGAGCAAAGACCCGUACUUGACGAGCUUCCAUCAAUUGAUUUUAUUUCAUAAUUUAAUAAAAAUGAAUAUCAAUUAACUAAUUAUUUACAUAGAAAUUUAAGUCAUUUGAAAAAAAUAUGAUGACGUUUGUAAAGAGAGCUAUUCAGUUUUUUUUAUCCGUAAGUGUAAUUGAGUGCAGUAAUAUCAGUAUCCUGAAUUCUUCAACAAUGAAUGCUGUUCCGAUUGCACACAAUCACACGCGGCGGUUACUAGAAAUGUGUUUUUCUGAUCGACUGAAUCCUGUGGUUAUAACUGAAGACUUGGUUAAUAUUGUUUAUGGAAUGCCAGACAAUACAGAAGGUAAUAUUUCUGUUAUCACAAUAGAUGACAAAUUAAACUGGAUGAAGUACGAGCAUGAUUCAAAUUCUGUUGUGUAUCCAUCUUAUCCAACUGUUAUUUUGUCAGCCGAUUCACAUAAAGGCGAGUGCUUCGAAGGUUUCUCUUUGAAGGAAAGUUGACGGCCAACAAGCUCUUUCAAUCACCGCCUUAAACAUCCAAAUCAAUUCAUUAGUUAAAAUGUCAUAGACCACACACACACACACACACACACAUACAGACACUCGGACAUCAUUCUGAAAAUAGUCAGAAUAGCUUCCUAGGACCUCAAAUCGUCGACAACUGAUGAAAACUCGAUUUUCGAAAAUCGGGGCGAAAACAAUAACUUUCCGAAAUUUUUUAAAAUCAUCGAUUUUCUAAGCGGGAAGUUAAAAAAUCAUAUUGAUAAUUUAUAUUGAAUAAAAAUUCAUGAUAAAAAAAUCAAAUUAAUAUUAUAACAUAAAAGUAAUGAUUAAAAAUAAAAUGAGCGAUUGAAGCCGAAGGACACUCAAUAUAAAAAUAUAUAUGAUUACUCCUACUCAAUUACUCAUAUAAAAGUUAAUAUAAUCAGACAAUGGCUAAUGAUAAUUUGUCUACUCACCUGACAAUUAAAUAAUUACCGAGCUUCUAAUGAGUAAUUGUGAUAACGAUUGAUAUACACUUGGUAAGUAAGCUAUCACUCACUCAGUUUAGAUAAUAAUUUCGCUACAGACGUCCCGAAGACAUUCAAAUUUGUUAGAGCAGCAAUGGAAGUUGACGAAC